CCAGUCCCCACUGGCAGUGUAUUGUCAGUUCGUACUCUGCAUGAUAAAGAUGGAGUCUCUUUCAGUUCUUUUACUGUUUCUGGCGGUGUUUUCGACGGUUCGCCUUUCUCAAGCCACCUCCGCGUCUAAGCUACCAGGAAUGUUAUUUCCUAGGGACUCUGAAAGUCGGCAAGUCAAGGAUUUGAGUGGAUUCUGGAACUUCCGGGCUGAUAUGUCAGCAAACAGAAACGCCGGCUUUGAACAACAGUGGUAUGCUAAACCUCUUUGGGAGGUAAGAUUAUAAUGCCUCAAUUUAUAAAAAUCAUUAAAACUGUUCAGAUAGUUGGAACCAAAAGCUGCGCCUUUUCAUUUCGCACAUUGAGAAGCUCUCUAAACAACAUAGCUCUGAUUUGCGUGGAAUGUGUAUUUGCAGGUCUUUGUAUGGGUAAUAGCAUGAUUUGUAGUGAUAUUUGGCAUAAAUACCACGGGUGAUAUUUCGAGAUUGUCAGAGGUAAUUUCACGAGCCGUUAGGCGAGGAAAAAUUGAGAUAAUUUUGAAAUAUCACGAGUGGUAUUUAUGCCAAAUAUCACGUACAAAUCAUGCUAUUAUUUGCUUAUACUACUACCCUCCAGAGGUUUGUAAUUUUCACUUGUAGGUAUUUCAAAUUAAGCUGAAAUACCGCUGCUCUAAGCCAAUCAAAUUGCAGAAAUUUCUCAUGUAGUAGUAUAAAAUAAUUAAAACUGAUCAUGACUAAGCUUAAAUCAUAAAGGAUGGAAAAUGUCACAUGAUGAAGUAAGACAAACUCAAUAAAUGCUGACAGGAUUUGGUUUUCACCUAGGCUUAUAUAAUUUGUAGCAAAAUGUCCAAACUUGUUCUUUUGUUUGUUAAACCUAUUGCUUUUUGCGCAUUCCUGUUGCCAUAGCCAUUUUGAUUGCUCCUUACUCCCAAUAUUAUGUCAUAUUUUUGCAUUUUUUUCAUGCAUUCUUGAACAUUAUCUUUUUAACAUCAAUAUUUAUAUAACCUUUUUUGUGAGAGUGUAUAUGUUACAGGUCAAAUUUGAUUUCAGGUUAAAUUUGAUUUAACCUUGUUUGAUUCUCAAUUCCUUUGUCACCUAGCCCUAAGAGACAAAGGAAACUGAGAAUCAACCUAGGUUAAAACAAGUUAACCUGUAAUCAAAUUUGACCUGUAACAUAUAUAUUAAAUGCAUAUAUGAACUUUUAAAUGGCCAUAUCCUUCAUACACACACUCAUAGAACACAAUGUGUACAGUUUAUAAAGAUGGUAUUUUCCUUCAAAACAGAUGGAGGAAGAAGAAAAUCUAUUUUGUGAAAAAGAUAUUGGAGCCCUCUUAGGAGGCUAGGUACAUUCCUAGUCUGAAUUUCAAAACCCUUCAUUUUACAUAUUGAGGAGCUAGCCAUGUUCUUGUCUGUAUAUUACUAUUGUAUUUGGGAUUGCAUAUAUAUUGUGUGUUCAAAUGCCCCCAACUAAACAUGCUUACAGACAAGAGCACCAGUUGACAAGACAACAAUAACUGGCAACUACACUGACGUUCAUGUUUCCUCCUUUCAGACUGGUGAAGUCAUCCAUAUGCCAGUACCAUCAAGCUACAAUGAUAUUACCCAAGAACGUAACUUAAGAGACUUCAUUGGCUGGGUCUGGUAUGACAAGGAGGUUUUUGCUCCUAAGGCAUGGAAGUCAGAUCUUAUCAGGGUUGUUCUCCGUUUUGAGAGUGCCCAUUACAACACUGUUGUGGUAAGUUUUUAUGACAAUGACUUCAUCAUAUAAUUUAAAUCUCUAUCACUCAUAUUUGGCUGCCUCUUUUUAGUUUAGAAUGGUAUCUUUUAGGGUUCAAACAAAGCUUGAGUUACAACAGAUUAUGGUUUUCUUUUCCUGAGUAUCAUGUGAAGAAUUGAAGAUUGAACAGCUUCCAAGAUCAGCAUAAUUCUUCACAUCAUGCAAAAGGCGAAUUCAAUAAAAUUGUUGCAUUAUUCCUUCAAAAUAUUUCUAGGUUCUUAUUUUAACAAGCCUACCUCCUCGUAGAUUUUCUUCAAAGCAUGUGCCUUAUUUCAUGAGGCAAAGUUUCAAGAUAUAAACAGAAGUUUUUUUGCUUAUAGAUAGUCCUCAAAAAGUAGGUAAUAUCCAUUGAGCAAUAGGGUUUGCUUAUUCUUGCAUUUCUUCUGUUCAGUUUUAGUCAGAAAUUCAGCUAUUUUGUUUGUUGUAUAGCCGUAAAUGCCACUUUUUUGACUUUCACUCCUGGAUAAACGACUAGGUGGCCACACUUAGAAAUGAAGUUAUAAAAUGGUAUAAAAUUAACCCAAACAGCCUUGUUUCCAUUCUAACAUAACAUCUGUCAAUGCUGGUUGGUUAUGAAAAAUAAGCCAGGAGAUUUAAGGCAAUCAGAAAUGUCGAAAUAUUUUGAGUGAAUAAUACCUACUUCUAUUUUAUGGUGUGAACAAGAGCACUUCUUUUUUCUUUGAUUAGUGGCUGAAUGGAAAAGAAGUGAUGACUCAUUCUGGAGGCCA